UUAACUGAUGAUGUUGCGCGAAAAAAAACUGAGUAUCAAAAGAAUUUAGAGGCUUAUAAAUUGACUAGAGCUAGAUUUGAAGAGCACUAUGUUAACCGCGGAAGAGGAGGAAGAAAAUUAGAUGACGUGCGAGAAAAGUAUCAAAAAGCUUGCCGUAAACUUCAUCUUACUCACAAUGAAUACGUACUUUUACUUGGUGCAGUGGCGGAAUGUGAGCACGAUUUAAGAAGUUGUUACCUUCCCAGUCUUCUUCGUAGGCAGCAAACUAUCCAUGAAGAGUUUAUAGUAGCUUGGAAACGGAUUCUUCAAAAUACCGUAAAGUAUUCGGACUUUACUUCGGAAAAAUUUCAAGAAAUUCAUGCACGAGUACAAACAGCUGUUGAUUCGAUAAAACCACUCGAAGAAUACAAGGAUUUUAUUGGAAAACAUCGUAAAAUUAAUGACCCGAAAAUUAGAACACGUCCGGCGUCUCCAUUACGUUUUACUUUUGAUGAAAAUCUGGUCGACGACACUUCUGGCAAGCUAUUGCCAAACAAAUUAACCGUAGACAAUCUAACGAUAGACUGGUUACGUAGUCGCUUAAAUGAGCUAGAAAAUUCGUUGAAAAGUACUCUACAAAAUCGUCAAGCUACUCAGUCAUCAAACGAAAAUACCUGUGAUCCUAGAAUGACGAUGUUAGAUUAUUCACGAGAAAGAGAAGAACUACGGUUAAGGUGCCAAGAAAAAAAAUUACAAAGACAGGUCGAAGUAAUUCGUGGAGCUUUGAACGAAUUAGGAUGCGAAGAAUUACCAUCAGGUUGUGACCUUUCAAUGGAAGGAUCAUUCGCAGAACCCCCACCGGUUAUUAAGAGAAAUACAGUUGCAGAUACUGGUAUGUUUACAUUGAGACGAAAUCAGCGAUUUCUUACUAUGAUAAAGACCCCAUUUAAAACUGUACCUGCUACGAAUAAUAAUGGUAACGGCAUUAUUCGUGCAAACAGCGUAGGAUCAUCAGUUAAGACAAUUCGACCCCGCCUACCAGUAUGUUUACAAUUGAAAGUGUGA